GCGGCUCCGAGCGCAGGAGCAGGCCCGGCUGACUGCUGCCUGGUGAGAUCCGCUACACGGGGCGCGCCAGCCCGCGGCAGCUCCGGGACCCAACAUGCGCCGCUCGGUCUGGCUGGCGCUGGCCGCGUCGCUCCUGAACGUGUCCCUGCAAGGCGAGUUCCAGAGGAAGCUUUACAAGGAGCUGGUCAAGAACUACAACCCUUUGGAGAGGCCCGUGGCCAACGACUCGCAGCCGCUCACCGUCUACUUCUCCCUGAGCCUCCUGCAGAUCAUGGACGUGGACGAGAAGAACCAAGUUCUAACCACCAACAUCUGGCUGCAGAUGUCUUGGACAGAUCACUAUUUGCAGUGGAACACGUCGGAAUACCCGGGCGUCAAGACCGUGCGCUUCCCAGACGGCCAGAUUUGGAAGCCAGACAUCCUCCUGUAUAACAGUGCUGAUGAGCGAUUUGACGCCACGUUCCACACCAACGUGUUGGUGAAUUCUUCCGGGCAUUGCCAGUACCUCCCCCCAGGCAUCUUCAAGAGCUCCUGCUACAUCGACGUGCGCUGGUUCCCCUUCGACGUGCAGCAGUGCACACUGAAGUUCGGGUCCUGGUCCUACGGCGGCUGGUCCCUGGACCUCCAGAUGCAGGAGGCGGACACCAGCGGCUACAUCCCCAACGGAGAGUGGGACCUCAUAGGCAUCCCGGGCAAGCGGAGCGAGAAGUUCUACGAGUGCUGUAAAGAGCCGUACCCCGACGUCACCUUCACCGUGACCAUCCGCCGCCGGACCCUCUACUACGGCCUCAACCUGCUCAUCCCCUGUGUGCUCAUCUCCGCCCUGGCCCUCCUGGUCUUCCUGCUCCCGGCAGACUCCGGGGAGAAGAUCUCCCUCGGGAUAACAGUUUUGCUCUCUCUCACCGUCUUCAUGCUGUUGGUGGCUGAGAUCAUGCCUGCGACAUCCGACUCGGUGCCCUUGAUAGCCCAGUACUUCGCCAGCACCAUGAUCAUCGUGGGCCUGUCUGUGGUCGUCACCGUCAUUGUGCUGCAGUACCACCACCACGACCCUGACGGCGGCAAGAUGCCCAAGUGGACCAGGAUCAUCCUCCUGAACUGGUGCGCCUGGUUCCUGCGCAUGAAGCGGCCGGGCGAGGACAAGGUGCGCCCGGCGUGCCAGCACAAGCCGCGCCGCUGCAGCCUGGCCAGCGUGGAGAUGAGCGCGGUGGCGGGGCCGCCGGCCUCCAACGGCAACCUGCUCUACAUCGGCUUCCGCGGCCUGGACGGAAUGCACUGCGCCCCCACGCCGGACUCCGGGGUCGUGUGCGGCCGCCUGGCCUGCUCCCCGGCGCACGCGCACGACGAGCACCUCCUGCAUGGCGGGCCGCCCUCCGAGGGGGACCCGGAGCUCGCCAAGAUCCUGGAGGAGGUGCGCUACAUCGCCAACCGCUUCCGCGGCCAGGACGAGAGCGAGGCGGUGUGCAGUGAGUGGAAGUUCGCCGCCUGCGUGGUGGACCGCCUGUGCCUCAUGGCCUUCUCCGUCUUCACCAUCAUCUGCACCAUCGGCAUCCUCAUGUCGGCGCCCAACUUUGUCGAAGCUGUGUCCAAAGACUUCGCUUGACAUGCCCGGCUCCCAGCGGGCAGGACACGCACGCACAGGCUGGCGGUGACCAGGCCUCGGAGGGUGGCCAAUCACAGCAUCACCCUCAGACGCCUUGGUUCCAGUCUCCUUGUCACUUUCAGGGAAAGGAUGUGGGCGCGUUUCUGUGUCAUCUUUUCAGAGGAGCUGCUGGCUGUCCUUGGAACAGCCUCCUGGUCAGCAGGACCCUUGGAAGGUCCUUCUGCCCGUCCCUACUUCCUGGGGAGCCCAGCUGGGAGGCGGGGUGGCCAAGAUGGCUAGUCAGAGGGGCCUUCAGGGCUGGUCUUGCAUGCCUGCAUGUCACUUGCGUGACAGUUCCACGUCUGCUUUAGCCUGUGCACACACCUAGAUCGGUUCUACUUCCAGUGACAAUGAACCCCAUUUACCAAAUCCAUUCCAAUAGCUGGCUGGUGAAAGGAAAUAGGCCUCAACCAAACUGAAGCUAAACACUGAUGGCUGAUUUUUCUACAGUUCAGAUUUCAUGUACCAAGACAGUUGGCAGAAGUAGUUUUAUGCUGUUUCAAUGUUUUAAAAAGAGAGAAAGACAUAGCUGACCUUGUAAACGAUCCUCUUAGCGGCUCAGUUUCUGCCACCCAGCCUCAUCUAGGGAGGACAGGACUGGUCAAGCCAGGGGGGUUUCUCUAGAGUCCAGGAAAGCCCCCACUCCGGCGUGCUGCCCCCAACAUAGGGGGCAAGUGAUCUGCUCUGCCCUGCAAAACCCAGAGGGCGGGGGAGUUCUAUCAGAAUUACCAGCCCAGCCCUAGCAGGUGGGGCUCAUUCAGUUGGAGUGUCAUCCCGUAACCAGGGAGUUGAGAGUUCGAUUCCCAGUCAAGGGACACACCUGGGUUGUGGGUUCGAUCCCCAGUUCGGGCACAUACAGGAGGCAAUGGAUGGAUGUUUCUCUCUCACAUCGAUGUUUUUCGCUCUCUCCCUUCCUCUUUCUAGAGGUAAUGAAAAAAUUUCCUCCGGUGUGGAUCAGAAAAUAAAAAGAAUUGCCAUUUAGAUCAUGGAAUAUCUAAAGCUAAAUUAAGCCGUGUGUGUGUUUUUUUAAAGGAAUGCAUUAGAUUUGUGCACAUGUACUGGGGUGGAUGAGGCUUAGAAAUCUGUGGAUCCCUACAAGUGCGCAAUAUAACGUGAAAGUAUCCUGUGCUUUUCCUCUGUGUUUCCAAGCCAGGGCCAGAGGCUGGGGCCUCUUCUUGCUCCCUGUGUGGGGGAGGGGAUGGUGUGGCCCAGGCUUCCCCGAUGACAGGCAGUCGUGGUCAGCAGGAGGGGCUGGUGGGCCACCGUGGCUGCACAGCCAGUCACGCAGGUGCCUGGCUUUUGGGGACCCACUUCCCCACAGCCUGUCCACCCAGCUCAGCCCAGAAAGCUGUGCGACGUGUGUUUUGAAAGCCAAGGCAACUUUAAUGUUGAACUUACACAGUGACAGAAUUCACCACUUAGACUGUCUGGCUGACACCAGUUCCUUGGCCUCUCGCCAUCUUUCUUAUCUUUUAAUAACAUCAGAGGGAGACACAAGAAAACAUCUCCCGUUCAACUGUGUCCUCCAGUCACUGCCCAGAGCUCAGAUGUGCAGGAGGCUCUGUGCCCUGGGACCUCCAGGGUGCUUCUGGCCCCCCGACUUAGGAUUCAAUUUUUCAGAGCAAAAGAAAUCGCAGACAUUUCUCCAGCCAUUCACUUCACUCGUUUCUGGCUGACGCACAUGGACUUGUUUGUAGUGGGGAAGAUGGCGUGUGCUGUGUGUGCAUGUGAGUGUGUGUGAGUGAGUGUGAGCGCCUGUGUGCAGGUGCAGAGAGGAUACCUGGCGUAUGACCAGUUUGAUAAGUAAGGCCAUCCCUGCAUCACGCCGGGAGAGCCAGUGCUUGGCUUGGAGCUCACCUGUUCUCGUGGGAUGGACAACCCCUGCUGUUUCCUUUCUUUUCUCUCCUUUGUUAAUGUCUGUGAAACUCCUUUUAGAAACAGGUCGGGUGUUUUGAUAUAUGUUAAGAAAAUGCUUCAUUUCUUGCUGCUGUCAGAAAAUGGGUCCCCACUCCAUUUUUGCUUUUGGAAAAAAAAAAGCCUUUUUGGUUUUGUAUUUUGUGCAAAAAAACAAUAAAAAGCAAACAAAAGUAGUUCGUAUUUUGACCAUCCAAGUAACUGCUCUGCAUUUUCCAAUGUAAUGAGGACACGUGGCUUAGAAAAGUGUGAAUGACUGGGAACAAGUUUUUAUCUUCAUUAAUUCGCCGGUGCACUUUGGAACCUUUCUGUUUUGUGUCUGCAAAUAUUUUUAUUUGUUUAUUUGGCUUUUGAUGUUAUUUAUCAGUUUAUUUAUUGGCAUAGAGAAAGUGUACAGUUUCAUGUUGUCGAUUUAUCAUAUUUUCAUUCAUAGAUCCUGGGGUUUGUUUCUAGUUUUAAAAGGCCUACCCCAUUCUGAUUAUAAAUAA